CCCCCACCCCCGCCGUCGUCGUACAAUCUAUCAGCCUCCCACCAGAACCCCCCCUACACAUCACCUUACAUAUAACCUAGAAUAAGACGCAUCUUGGAUGCACCUUGCUAAAACCUGCCAAGGUGCGCCAUCCCCCAGGAAAGACGAAAAAAAGCAACGAGCCCCUUCCCCCAAUCACCGGGCUCGUCAAACAAAUCCGACACCUCUGACUCGUCGCCUGCCGUGGGGUGUCACCCAAUCUCCUUCUCCCUAUUACGAGCUUAUGGUCCUUGCAGAUGCAACCCAUCGAAUCCGGUAACUGGCCCUCAAAGGGGGGUGUACUGAUAUAUUGGUGGACAUAUUCAGGUUCUGGACUUGGGUCUGUGAGACAUACAGGCCGAUUGUUGGCCAACCAUCACGACCUGAUCUGAGAUAAGCCUAUCAAGCGAAAAAAAAAAAAAAAAAAAGGAUGGAGUCUGCACACGAGGGAAACUUGCCGUCUCUGGCGAUCCUGAAUCACCCUCCGUCUCGGCUGCCCGGUCCCGAACUGCUCCACCAGCUGGUCCCGAAGUAUGCCGAAAGGAACGGCGCAUCGGCCAUCGAGUACCGGUCGCCAGACGGGUCGAGGAGCUUGCUGUCUUAUGAGAAGGUCCAUGAGUAUUCGGACUCGCUCGCAGCGAGCAUCUCAGCAGCUGUGCAACCUCUUCCGACACAUGAACCCUUUAUUGUCCCUAUUCUGGCACCUCAGGGUCCCCAUCUUUAUCUUGCCCUCCUCUCUGUCCUGAAGGCUGGAGGUGCAUUCUGUCCGCUCAACCUGGAUGCGCCCCCUGAACGAGUCAAGUUCAUCCUCAAGGAUGUAUCAGCAAGGCUGGUACUCUGCACGUCGGAGAUUGCCUCGAGAAUCCCGCAGGAUGGCCCACAAAUCCCUAUUCUCGUCCUUAACAAGGAUGGGUUUCAGGCACAGACUCAGGCGCGGGCCGUUGAAUUGGCACGGCUGCCACAGCCAGCAGAUCUGGCAUAUGUCAUGUACACGUCUGGGUCUACGGGAACGCCCAAGGGGGUCGGGGUCUCGCACUCUGCGGCGACCCAAAGCCUCCUCGCCCACGACCGUCACAUCCCGGCCUUCUCCAGGUUUCUCCAAUUCGCAGCACCCACAUUUGACGUCUCCGUCUUUGAGAUCUUCUUCCCCCUAUUCCGGGGAAAGACUCUGGUCAGCUGCAGCAGGCCCGAAAUGCUCAACGAUCUCCCGGCUGUCAUCAGGGACAUGGAUGUGGAUGCCUGCGAACUCACCCCAACCGUGGCCGGGAGCCUCUUGCGGAAGCGCGAGAACGCCCCAGGGCUCCGCCUGCUCCUCACGAUCGGUGAAAUGCUGACAAACCCCGUCGUGGAGGAGUUUGGUGGCGGCGACGAGGACAAACCAAGCAUGCUCUGGGCCAUGUACGGGCCAACCGAGGCCGCGAUACACUGUUCCCUCCAGCCGGCCUUUUCUCGGGCCUCGAGAGUGGGGAAUAUCGGCAUCCCACUGGAUACCGUCUCUGCGUUCAUUCUCCGGAUACCGGAAAGUGGCAAUAGUGACGCCGAGCCUCCUCACGUACUCUCGGUCGGCGAGGUCGGAGAGCUCGCGGUUGGUGGCUUCCAGCUGGCAAGUGGCUACCUCAACCGCCCCGACCAAACUGCUGCCGCGUUCAUUGACAGCCCCUACGGGCCCCUCUACCGGACCGGUGACAAGGCACGAAUCCUUCCCGACGGUACAAUGGAGUGCGUCGGCCGCAUAUCCGACGGCCAAGUCAAGCUCCGGGGCCAGCGCAUCGAGCUAGGCGAGGUCGAACAGGCAGCCCUGCGGACUCCCGGAUGCCACAGCGCCCUUGCAGCAGUUAUUAGCAGCAUACUUGUCCUCUUCUGCGGGGUGGAUGGCGUUGACAAUCUGCAAGCGCGGAUCCAGGAGUCUUGCAGGUCGUGGCUUCCUGCGUUUAUGGUCCCUGGAGAUAUCGUGCUGAUGGACGAAUUCCCACAACUACCCUCCGGAAAGGCCGACCGCAAACGGCUGGUUGCGGACUACGAGGAGGCCCGCGAUAAGGACCAACAAAGCGUGGGUGCUGCGCAAUUCGAGGAUGACCUGGAGCGGGAACUGUGCCAGAUUACGUCCCAGACGCUUGGCAUCGAGGCUAAUCCUUCCACGAAUCUCCCGAUGGCGGGCCUCGAUUCUAUCGCCGCGAUCAAGCUUGCAUCUUCCCUGCGCCAGGGGGGGUUUGGCAUCUCGGCCGUGGAUAUCCUGGGUUCUCGGACAAUCUCUCAUCUUCGUGCGACUCUCAGGCACCGUGAACAUGAGAAGGAGCUUUCACUGGAGGCCAACAACAGCAACAACAACAAGAUGGAGGGAGUCAUCGACCUUGACCAGGAUUUAAUCGGGACAAUACCCGCACUUGAAGGCCGCUUCGGUGACGUCGAAGGAGUCUUCCUAUGCACACCUCUCCAGAUCUCAAUGCUUGGCGAGACCAUCUUAAAUCCCAGAGCCUACUGUAACUCUGUUGAAAUAGCGGUCCCUGGACACUUUCCAGAAGAGUCAAUACGCUUGUGGAUUUCCCAACUCGCAAAAAUGAACGAGGUCUUGAGGACGGGCUUCGUCUAUCACGGUGGCCAAUUUGUCCAAGUGCUUUGGAAGGCUCUUGAGGCAACCCAGGUCUCCGUAGUGGAUGAACUUGAUUCACGGUUCGAAAUCGAAGUAGAGAGUGGCCUGCUUCACCCCCUCCGAGUUCAAAUUUCUCCGCCGCUGGAAAAUGGCCAACGGCGCCUUUUGUUCCAUAUUCACCAUGCCCUUUACGAUGGGUGGACAGUUGACAUGCUGCUGGCAGAUAUCAACAGACUCUCUAAGCUGGAAGACAUCGAAACCAGACCGCAGUUCAGAGAGGUCCUCGCAUAUUUUGGUUCGGACGAUUACUCGGAAAAGUGCGACGCCGCAAGGGGGUUCUGGGCAGAGAACCUCGCAGGAUAUCAACCGUCUCCCUUCCCACAAUUGUCUGCAACAAGGCUCGAAUCAGGCCUGACAGCGUCGGAGGAGAUUGUCAUCAGCGUCGACCCAGCAGAGGUGAGGACCAUAUUUCGAGAACUCGAGUUCGGCCCUCAAGUCCUUUUCCAAGCGGCUCUCGUGUGGCUAUGGAGCUCGCUGGUAGGGAAUGAGGACGUUGUAGUUGGCGCGGUUACCUCGGGCAGGACGAUUCCAGUGUCGCGGAUUGAAGAAAUCAUGGGGCCGUGUAUCGCACCUGUGCCCCUACGCGCGGACAUCUCGCGAGUCAGGACCGUCAAAGACCUUCUGGCGACAAUACAUGCGGCCAACAGAUCCGCUCUCCCACACAGCGUGCUUCCCCUGUCGGAGAUACAGAAAACGUGCGGGAUUUUGCCUGGCCAGGCUCUGUACGACGUCUUGUUUGUCUACCAGGAAUCCCUCUACAGCCAGAGCCGGCAGGAACAGGAGAUCCGGGAAAUCUGCCAUCGAGAUGUCAUCGAGACGAAGCUCCUGCUUGAAGUAGAGCCAAGGGAAGGUUCGGUAGCCUGCCGACUCACUUACCGUCUCGAUGCAUUUCCAGAACAACAUGCCAGGAUCUUCAUGGAACAGCUUCAGUGUGUGAUGCACCAUCUUCUCCAGAACUUGGAUCAGGAAUUGUCAUCGAUCCGUGCCGCAUUCCCCACGAACCUCGUCUCUCUGUACAACACCAACCCCAAGACUCUGUCUGGGAUUCCUGACCUCGCCAUGGCGGUGGAAGCCGUGGUCCUUGCCAGUUCGGAAAAGACAGCCGUGUGUUUCGCCCAUGCCAUCUCGGAGGAUUCAAUGGACUCUGAGAUGAUUUCCUUCCAACACCUCAACCAACUCGGCAACCAAAUCGCGAGGCAGCUCCAGGAUAACGGUGCAUCACUCGGGAGUGUGGUGGCGAUUGUCAUGGAGAAGUCAAUCUUGCUCUAUGCUGGUAUCCUUGGUAUAGUCAAGGCCGGGUGUUCUUACCUCCCGCUGCUUCCGAGUACCCCAGCGGCAAGAGUGGAAACGAUAUUCUCGCAGGCUGGUGUUGGUUUGUGUCUCACAGAUACGGAAACUUACCCGAAGCUGAAGCAACUCCCCUCCUGCCGGCCCAUUGACCUCCAAGAAAGGGGGUUUCGGGACCAUGACAAUUCUAACCUCAAGAUCCCUGCCGAUCCCUCACGCAUCGCCAACAUCAUCUACACUUCAGGCAGCACAGGGGUUCCGAAAGGGGUCUGUGUCACGCAACUCAACAUUACGAGCAACCUCGACGUCCUCUCUAGGAUAUACCCCGUACCUGGGGACUCAAGGCUCCUCCAGUCUUGUUCACAGGCAUUCGACGUAUCUGUCUUUGAGAUAUUCUUCGCGUGGACUCGAGGCAUGUGCCUUUGUUCGGCGGUGAACGACACGCUGUUCGAGGACCUGGAGAGAUCGAUUCGAAAGCUGGAGAUCACCCACUUGAGCAUGACACCCACCGUUGCCUCCUUGGUAGAGCCUGCCAACAUACCCUCCGUUGAGUUCCUGGUUACCUCCGGAGAGCCCAUGACGGGGGCCGUGGCGCAGAGAUGGUCCAAGCAGCUCUACCAGGGGUAUGGCCCAUCCGAGACGACCAACAUCUGCACCGUCAAGAAGAUGAGCCAGGCCGAUAUAAUCCAGCAUUUGGGAUGGUCCUUCGAGAACACGUCUGCCAUCGUUCUGCACAAAGACGCCUCUGAUGCUGUCCCGUACGGCUGCGUUGGCGAGCUUUGUUUCGGCGGAGAUCAGGUCGCCCAGGGGUAUCUCAAGCUGCCAGAACUUACAUCAUCAAAGUUUAUCGACCACCCAGAAUUCGGCCGGUUGUACCGAUCCGGUGAUCUUGGACGAAUGCUCCCGGACGGUUCCCUGGUAAUCCUUGGCAGAGUUGACGACCAGAUAAAGCUACGUGGCCAGCGGAUCGAACUGGAUGAGAUCAGCGGGGCUGUCAGGCAGUCAGGCGAGGUCUCGGACUGCAUCACACUGGUUGUCAAUCGUGGAGAUUCAACUGCUGACCAACUUGCCUCCUUUUACGUCUUCGACAGUGGCACUGAGGACCCUCCGCGAUUGGAACCCCUUCAGCUAGAUGACAGGCUGAAAGCCGUCAACGCGCGUUUAUUCCAGCUCCUUUCGUCCAAAGUCCCCACAUACAUGGUUCCAGCUUUCCUGAUUCCCAUCUCCAAAGUACCUCUCACGGCAGCGGGCAAGCUGGAUAGAGGCUGGCUCCGACGGACCUUCCGGCAUCUCGAGCAAGCGUACCUCGAAGCAGCAUCUUCCUCUGUCGAUAUGGCUCCUGCUGAUGGGCAGUGGACGGAGUAUGAGAGGCGAGUCGCGGAUGCGGUAUGCUCGAGCCUAUCCGUGCGACAGGACGAUAUCCAGAGAUGGACACCGUUCACAAGCCUGGGCCUCGAUUCCAUCUCUGCUAUUGGCCUUUCUCGGCGGCUCCAACAACAGCUCAACAAACGCAUCCCGGUUUCAGUCAUCCUUCAAAAUUCGUGCGUGACUCGGCUAGCGAAAACGCUCGAAAUGACUGGGGAGCCAGACCGAGACUCUGUCGCUAUUAACUUGAAGACAUUCUCCGAUGAGUUUGAAAGCGGGAUUCGGUCGAGAUGCGAGGGCCUGGGAAAGCGAGUCGAACGAAUCCUCCCCUGCACGCCACUCCAAGAAGGAAUGCUUGCGUCUUCGGCAAGCCGAGGCUCGUACCUCAAUAAGAUGCUCUUCAGUCUUCGUUCGGAGCCAGAGUUAAUCAAGCGAUGCUGGGGCCUGAUGUGCGAGAGGCACGGGAUCCUACGGACCUGUUUCGCAUCAACGAAUGAUACCCGCCACGCUAUUGCUCAAGUCGUCUUCGCAGAUUGGCAGCCGCGGUGGCACUCCAUCGACAGCUCGGGUGGUACGAUAGACGACUGCGUGUCUCGCCACGCUGCAAGUAUAGGCGAGGCCAUUGACUCGAUGGAACCCGCCGUUUCGUUUGCCAUAAUCACGCAUGAAGCCCAGACCUACCUAUCAUUUAUCUGCCAUCAUGCUUUGUACGACGCCGUGGCGGUUGAGCAACUACUGCUCGAGGUGGAAGAGCUUGUACACGGCCACACACUACCCCCAGCUCCCCCUCUUGAGCCAUUCCUGAGAGAGGUUCUGACUCCGUCCUCUACUCGUGAGGGUUUCUGGAAGGAGCAGCUGGCUGGACUUGAGCCCCUCCAACUACCGCAGAUUGAGAGCGGGAACACCGAGAAUCGACAGGAAAUCUUGUCGUGUCAAGUCGACAUGCCCCUGAGCGAGGUCAAUGAGAGAUCCAGGGAAGUAGGCUUCUCCCUUCUGGCUCUAUGCCAAGCUGCCUGGGCUUCUGUUCUCGGGGCCAUUCUGCAUUCGGACGACGUCUGCUUCGGCAAUGUUGUCAGCGGUCGGUCGGUUCCUGUUGACGGCAUCAACGAACUGGUCGCACCCUGCUUUAAUACCAUCCCUGUACGCAUGAGGUUGUCGGAGACGAGGCGGAACAUUGACCUCAUGAAGGUCUUCCAGAAACUGAACCCGAUGAUCCUCGAGCAUCAGUUCACCCCGUUGAGGUUUAUCCAAUCCCUCGUCCCGCGGCGCGGGAACCGGCGUUUGUUUGACACCAUUCUGCUUUUGCAGCAGCAUUCUAGACCGUUAGAUGAGGAAAUCUGGGCAUUAGAGCGCGAUGACGGCGAGAUGGAUGUACCUCUUGUUUGCGAGUUCAUCCCUGAUACCCACAAAGACAAGCUGUCGAUAAAGCUUCACUACGAACCGUGUAAUGUCUCGAAUACCAUGAUAAUAUUAAUAUCCGAUCUUCUCCGUCACUCCGUCGACCUGUGUCUCAACUUUCCAGCAUCGCACGUUCCCGUUGCGCCGAACCUCCCUACCGCAUUUGUGUCCAGGCUGUCAGAAUUCAAGCCGCAACGGGCGGAGUCGACAGAGGUCACAGCAACGCAGCAGAUCGAGGGAGAUAACUGGUCCGAGAUGGAGUUGCAGGUCAGAUUAAUCCUUUCGAAGCUAUCUUCCGUGCCGGAAAGCAGCAUCCGCCACCAAACAACAAUCUACCAGUUGGGCCUAGACAGCAUCAACGCCGUCCAGAUCGCAUCUCUUCUCCGAGAACGGGGUCUGGCCAUAUCCGCCAGCGAUGUGAUCGAGCACAAUACCAGCCAGCAACUUGCUCUCCACAUGACCACGAAACAGGCAACACCCCCCCGGCAGACCUACGACCUCAUCGACUUCCAGAAUCGAGUGAGGCCACAGUUGGCCAGCUUCGAAAUCCCGUCGGACGCGGUAGAGGCAGUCCUGCCCUGCACUUCCCUCCAGGCUGGCAUGCUUGUGCAGUUCAUCAGGUCCGGGGGUCAGGACUACUUCAAUUUCAUUGGCCUCCGUCUCAGCGGCAGUCAUCGUCUGUCAAGCUUAGACGAUGCCUGGGCUGUACUCACGCGCACCCACCCAAUCCUUCGGACAGGCUUCGUCCCAAUACACGAUAAAGACGCUCCGUUUGCAAUGCUACAAUACAGUGCGGAUUCAAAACCCCCUCCGGUACUCGCAGUGGAAGACGGACACCUUUCGAGUUUCAACCUCGAGAAAUGGAGGCUUGACGCGGCAGCGGCGUGUAUGCAGCAGUUGCACGAACCGCCGUGGCAGGCGGUGUGCAUGGACGGCGAAGACGGCCUGCUUGUGCAUCUGGCCAUUCACCACGCUCUCUACGACGCACAUGCCCUGCGUCGUUUGCUCGACGAUCUCGCACGAGUAUGGAGUGGAAUCUCCCUUUCUGCCUCUCCACGAACCGAGGAGGUGGUGCUUGACAUUCUUGAACAAGUACAAUCUCAGGCAAGCAAUCAUGAGGGCUUCUGGAAGGAGCAGGCCAAGAACAUGGUCGUCAACAAAUUUCCAGUCCUAACGCCCCUACGAGAGGAAACACGGGCCAUCCUGGUUGAGUCAAUGACGAGUAAUCUACCGUUCUCGGAUAUUGAGAAGUCGAUCAGAGCUUCCGGCUCCACCAUGCAAGCUGCCAUCCAGGCUACCUGGACACGGAUACUGUCGUCCUAUCUGGGGGAGUCCUCCGUCACUUUCGGGACUGUGCUGUCCGGUAGGAACUCGGAGGCAACAAAGGACGCGGUAUUCCCGUGCAUUACGACGGUGCCAGUUAUUGCACAGAACGAUGCCUCCAAUAGACGACUCCUGGACGCCAUGCUGAGAUGGAGCGCCGACCUCUAUAAACAGCAGCAUGUGCCCCUGACGCAGAUCCAGCGGUGGGUUGGGCAUCCCGAUACACGACUAUUCGAUACCCUCCUUGUCUACCAGAGGUUCAGCCCCAGUACGGAGGUGUCUUCCUCGUGGAAUAUCGUGGAUGACCUGUCCAACAUUGACUAUCCGGUCUCUAUCGAGAUCGAACCGGGCCAGGGGAACAGGCUUGAGUAUCACAUCACUUUUUUCAGCGAUAUCUUACCCCAGCCACAAGCAGGACUCCUUCUCGAGCAGUUUGACGCCACGCUGUGCUCCCUGGUUACUUUCCCCGAUGGCCAUGAAAGCGACCUCUUCGAGUCUGUGCCCAGGCUAUUCUCGGUUACACCAGCACAAGAACCUAGUCUGCCUUCUGAGGAGAGAUUCCUGCAUCAGUUUGUCGAGUCUCAAGCGCGCAAGACGGCGAAUAAGACAGCCCUCCGUUUCGUCCACGAUUUUGACGGAUUGCAUCCCCUUGACAGGACGUGGGCCUACCGAGACUUGGACGAGAACGGCAAUCGGGUAGCACAGAUGUUGCUUCCUUACGUCAAGGUGGGAGAUAUCGUGGCUGUCUAUUUCGACAAGUGCCCCGAGGCGUUCUUCGCUAUUCUAGGCAUCCUGAAGGCUGGCUGUGCCUUCGUCGCCCUCGAUCCCAAUGCUCCGGCCGCCAGAAAGGAGUUUAUCCUGAGGGACUCAAGCGCGUCCGUCCUCCUGACGUCCGCGGAGAGAAGAGCCAGCAUGGACUGGAUUGCUAGCGCUCCGGUGCUCACUGUCGGCGAAGAUACACUUCGAUUGCAGUCCUGCCACUCCGUCCACCUGCAGCGGGAGCUAUUGCCAAGUGAUGUCUGUUACUGCCUCUACACCUCGGGCACCACGGGUACCCCGAAGGGCUGCGAGAUCACGCAUGAGAACGCGGUCCAAGCCAUUCUAGCGUUCCAGGAGCUGUUCGCAGGUCGCUGGGACGAGACGUCUAAUUGGCUUCAGUUCGCGUCCUUCCACUUCGACGUGGCCGUUCUCGAGCAGUACUGGAGCUGGUCGGUCGGGAUAACGCUUGUGGCGGCCCCGCGCGACUUGAUCCUCGGGGACCUUGCCGGCGUGAUAUCCAGGCUCGAAAUCACACACAUAGACCUCACUCCAAGCCUGGCUCGCCUUCUACACCCAGAUGAAGUCCCCACACUCUGCAAGGGCGUCUUCAUCACCGGCGGAGAGCAGCUGAAACAAGAGAUCCUCGAUAAAUGGGGCGAGAAAGGGGCCAUCUACAAUGCCUAUGGCCCUACCGAAGCAACGAUCGGGGUCACAACGUAUCCCCGCGUCCCCAAGAAUGGCCGAUCUUCCAACAUCGGGAGGCAGUUUGUCAAUGUUGGCUCAUACGUCUUCAAGCCGGAGUCUGAGAUGCCCGUCCUCCGAGGCGCUGUGGGAGAGCUGUGCGUCUCUGGCAAGCUGGUGGGUAAGGGGUAUCUUAACCGAGGAGACCUCACCGCCGAGAGGUUUCCGACACUGGCCCGCUUCGGAGAACGGGUGUAUCGUACUGGGGACCUGGUCCGCAUCUUGCACGAUGGCUGCUUCGACUUCCUCGGCCGUGCCGAUGACCAAGUGAAACUCCGCGGCCAGCGGCUAGAAAUAGGAGAGAUCAACCACACUAUCCGGUCCGGAGUGGGGGAGGUCACGGACGUGGCAACGCUGGUGGUGCGAAACGAGAAGCAGGAGAAAGACUUGCUUGUGUCCUUCGUUGUUGCUGUGGGACACCUCCAAAAUGGCGAGAAGAGGGAGAAGAGCACUCUGCACGUCAUCACCGGCCUGGGAGCCGUCGAGCUAGGCAAACGGGUCCAGGACUGUUGCCGGGAGAAGGUGCCGGGUUAUAUGGUUCCCACUUAUGUACUGCAGUUGCCCUACAUCCCGCUGUCGUCCAACAACAAGGCAGAGGUCAAGGAGUUGAAGAAACUGUUCAAUUCCAUGGACCCGGCACUGCUCAUCUCGGCCGGAUCCACAACACAAGCUGCUGCCUCGGGCGGCCGACUGAGCAGCACCGGAGAGAGGAUUCUUAAAGUUCUGGCGUCGAUGGAGUCCAUUGAUUUACAUCAUCAUGCCGGCCCCUCGACGAGCAUCUUCGAGCUGGGGAUCGACUCAAUCUCCGUCAUGCGCUUCUCCAUAGCUCUGAGGCGAGAAGGGCUGCCCCAGUCGACCCCUACGAUCAUCCUGAAGCAUCCCAGACUGGGAGAUUUGGCCGAUGCCUUGGACUCUCACACAGCAUCUGCCCACUCGAAUUCCGAAUCAGCUGCUCGCCAACUCAUCCAAGCCUGCCACCAUCGACACAGAGCGCACGUGCUGAAAGAACUCGGGCUCGAGCCCGGUCAGGUCGAAUACAUCGCUCCGUGCUCGCCGCUACAAGAAGGGAUGAUAUCGCGCUCGAGAAUGCCGGGUGUCGGGAGCGCAUACUUCAAUGCGUUCCGGUUCGAGCUGUCCGACGGGGCGUCCAUUUCUAACCUCAGGAUGGCCUGGCAGAGAGUGUCAGACGCCUGCGCGGUACUGAGAACCUGCUUUGUCGAGACGACCGAUGGCCACGUCCAGGUUGCCUUGACACCCGCGCCUGUUUUGUGGACAGAGCUCAGUGUCAAACCUGACGAAGACCUGGAGAGCGUGCUUGGGGCAUACAGGGAGUCAUGGAUUGAGACUAAUCGGCACAACAUCUCUCAGCCGUUUGACCUACUUUCCGUCGAGACCUCGGACAAGGUGCUCCUCGUUGUUCACAUUUUCCACGGGCUGUACGAUGCGAACAGCUUUGAACUCAUGCUGGAUCGGGUGAUUGGCGAAUACUAUGACACGGAAAGAAUUGAUUACGGGCCAAGAUUCCUCGACGGGCUUGUUCGCGGGCCAUUGAGAAGCUAUUCGUCGUGCAAAAGCUUCUGGGUCGACCACCUUCAAGGGGCAUCAUCUCAGCCGUUCCCUCAACUUUCUGCCAAUCCAAUCCCUCAGCCAACAAGCUGUGCAAGGGAUAUUCCGUUUGAGAAACUGGAUGUCGUGCGACUUUCUCUUGGAGUCACCCACCAGUCAGUCAUUCAAGCAAUCUGGGUGUCCGUCAUCCAGCAGAUCUUGUCAAACAGCGGGAGUAUUGGACUCAUCACUUCUGGCCGCUCGAUCGAUCUCGAAGGCUCAGAGAAUAUUAUCGGGCCACUUUUCAACACCGUGCCGUUCCGGGCUUCCGUGUCCGGGGACUCUGAAACCUGGUCCUCGUUGAUCGGGAAGUGCCAUGACUUCAACGUUGCCAUUCUGCCAUUCCAGCAUGUUCCCCUGAGGGACAUUCAGAAAUGGUGCUCCGCCGGAAAGCCGCUGUUCGACACGCUGUUUUCAUUCCAGAGGAUGGCGGCUCGGACCGGGCACGAGAGGACGCUCUGGAAGGAGAAGGAGUCGACCGUUGAUCCCGAUUUCCCCCUGGCAUUCGAAGCCACACUAACGUCCGACAACCGACUCCGGCUGCUCCUGGUCGCUCAAGGCGGAAUUGCGGACUCGGAUGUCCUGUCCAACCUGCUGGACCAAGUCGAGGAGGCUGCGGAGAAUGUCGCCAAUGAUCCCAGCCGCCCGGUUACCCAAAACGGUAAAGAGAUCCAAGUCGGCGUCCCAUGUGAGGCAAUUUCGGUGGGACAGAAUCAGGAGGCGAAAGAGGAUGUUGCUUUUGUGUGGACGCCCACGGCAGACCUGAUACGCGAGCAGCUUGGUGUUCUUGCUCAGGUCCCCCCGGAAAACAUCGCCGCUACGACGCCGCUGUUGGAACUCGGCCUCGACAGCAUCGAUUCCAUUAAGCUGUCGACGAGAUUGCGCAAAGCUGGCUUGAACUUGACCACCAGUCAGUUGAUGAAAGGGCAGACAAUCUCCGGCUUGGUGCGACAACUUCGAGAGCAGCCCCGGACAAGCACAAACGGACAUGUGGUGACAAAUGGAACUUCAAAAUCCAGCAGAUUGUCGACAGACCUUGAAGGAUUUCUUUCUCGGAUCGGAUUCGACAUGGGGGCGGUUGAGCGAGCCCUCCCUGUCACGCCGUUGCAGGAUUCAAUGGUUGCCGAAAUGAUACAGUCAGACUUCCACCACUACUUUAACCACGACAUCCUCGAGCUGGAAUCUGAUGUCGACCUCGACCGACUCAAGGCCGCGUGGGAAACAGUGGUGGAAAACUCGCCAAUCCUGCGCACCUCGUUCAUCUCUAUUGAGAGCUCCGAUUUCAAUACCGCCUUCUGCCAAGUGGUUGAAAAGACAGCAUCUCUGCCUAUCGGCGAGUUUCGGCUGACAUCUGUGUCUGACCUGCCCGACGUGAUUGAUUACGCAAGGCGGCGGGCAUGCAAGACUGCGGGGAGAUCGAACUUGGUACAGCUCGCGUUCGCAACUGUUGAUACCCAACGAUAUCUCGUCCUCUCCAUUGCCCAUGCGCUUUACGAUGGCUGGUCCCUUAGUUUGCUACACGCCGAUGUUCAGGCAGCCUACAACGGGUCUUAUGUGUCCCGACCUUCUUACGAGGACCAUCUGGGCGAGAUCGUAGCGUCGUCAAGCCCCGAGGCGCAGGGUUUCUGGUCUGGCUUUCUGGGUGGUGCGCCUGCGACAGUCAUUCCGAGUAAGACACCUGAAUCUAAGGAUCUGCGAUCCGCCAACAUCAACCGAGCCGAGGCGUCGUCUUCUAUCCCGCUGUCACGCAUUAAGGCAUUCUGCAGGCAGAUGGCCAUCUCUCCGCACAUCCUUGGGCAAGCAUGUUGGGCCGCGCUUCUGGCGACGCGAGCGCGGUCUCUGGAUGUGACAUUUGGUGUCGUGCUCUCGGGUCGGGAGACGGAGCUGGCCGAGACGCUGAUGUUCCCGACCAUGAAUACCGUUGCCAUGCGGAGCGUCCUCCAUGGCGACGUCUGCGGCUGGCUGCAAUACAUGCAGGAGAACAUGGCGAGCAUCGCGCAAUUCCAACAUUUUCCGCUCCGGACAGCUCAAAGGCUCGCCGGCGCUACCGGAGGACCGCUGUUUAACUCGCUCUUUAUACAUCAGAGACAACUGGAUCCCGCAGCAAACGGCGGCAAGCAGUUGAUGAAAUCGGUUGACGGGUCCUCUGCCGUGGAUUAUCCUGUCUGUGUUGAGAUGGAGGCGGGCGAGGCUUGUAUGAUCUGGAGGGUAGCUUGUGACUCUGACCAUCUUGCGGAAGGUGACCCUGGUCUCCUGCUGCAUCAAUUGGAUGCCGUCAUGAAGCAUCUCAUUAGCUCUCCAACUGCCGACGUGCUUACCUUUGACGGGGACGAGAUUUCGGUCUGCGGUCUGUCGCCCUUCCGUCUCAUAAUGAGCCCGAGUUCCCAGAAUGGGGUGGCCGAGUCCAAUAACGCAGACGGCGAUGAGAGUCUCGAAUGGUCAGAAAAAGAAGGGCAAAUACGGGCGGUCCUGGCGGAGUUGUCGGCAAUCCCGGCUCAGUCCAUCAGGAGAUGGCACAGCGUCUACCACCUGGGCCUCGACUCCAUCAGCGCCAUCAAGGCGAGCUUCCUCCUGCGGAAGAAAGGCAUCUCCCUCAAUGCUCGCCAGAUCCUGGGGGCGAAUUCAAUUACCGAGAUGUCCGAGCUGGCCUCCACCCCGCCUGCAGAGAUAAAUGGGAAGCACCACGGAGGAGACGGCGUUGGCUUCGCGCCGUCUGUGGGAGACGUCGAUGUGGCGGCUGUCCUUGCCGCCAACGGCCUUGAUGCGUCGCUGUUCGAAGGCGUCCUCCCGGCGACGCCGAUGCAGGUUCACAUGCUCAGCGCCUGGCAGAACACGUCCGGGCAGGUGUUCUAUCCCGAGUUUCGCUAUCUCCUGCGCGGCGUCGGGGACCUGGAUACUAUCUUCUCGGCCUGGCAGACCUUGGUCCGGGAGAAUCCCAUUCUCCGAACGAGCUUCGUGGCGACGGCGUCGCAGGGCUUGCCGUUCAUCCAGAUGGUGCACCGGCCAGGAUCUGAGCCGACCAACAACGUUAUGGAAGGAGCCAACGGAACGGGGCGGGGCCUGGGGCAUUCGCGUCAGCCGUUCGUCUCACUGCAAGCCAAGUCCAGGGGUGGCUCACAGUGGGGCUUGAAGCUCGCGAUUCAUCAUGCGCUUUACGAUGGUGUCAGUCUCCCGAUCAUCAUGGAACGGUUUAGGGUGCUGCUAUGCCAGAGCAAGUACCCAUCGAGAGACGCGAGUCAUGAUCAGACCUGGAAGCGUUUACUGUCUCUGCAGACGAUGGAUGCAGAACGCGAGAGAAGGAGAAGUUUCUGGGUUGAAUACCUCCGAGGGGCGAGGACCACACCAUUCCCGGCCAUUCCAGCGUCUGCGCUGCCCAAACAGUCAAAAGCAUCAGUGCGUCGUACCGCACAGCUGACGCGCUCAGCCAUCGCAGACGUGUCGAAUCUGCAAUCCACCUGCCUGGACAAGGGGAUCAGCCUCCAGGCCCUAUUUUUCGCCGCAUUCGCCAAGUUCCUCGCAGCCGAAUCGGGGCCUGACGACGACGACGGCGACGUGGUUCUCGGCAUCUACGUGGCGAACCGCCACCUCGUCGACGGCAUGGACGACCUCCCCUACCCGACCCUCUGCAUGGUGCCCCUCCGCGUCCGGCGGCCGCGCCGCGGGUCGUCGGACCUCGUCGCGGCGGCCGGGGAGGUGCACCGGGACGUCCGCCUCAUCUCGUCGGAUGCGCGCCUGCUGGUCGGGCUGUGGGAAAUUGGGGCCUGGACGGGGGUCCGGGUCGACUGCUUUGUCAACUUUUUGAGUCUGCCGCCGGUGGAGCGGGCAGGUGGGGCGGUUGGGCUGGAGGUGGAGGAGGUGGAUGGUGCUGGGAUGGAAGGGGUUGACGGGCAGAUGAACGGGGAGGGAGAAAGUAUCGGGGUUGCUGGGGCGUUGGGGGAGCUCGCCAUCUCUGAGAAUAGAGUCCGGGGCGCUUAUCCUGUGAGUUUGUCCAUCGAGGUCAACAUCGUCUUCUGAGAAUUGCACGCUAACCAGGCAGCAGAAUGCGGUCGAUAUCGAAGUGGCGAUACGGGGCCUGUCUAUGGACAUUGGCGUGUUCGGUCCGGGGGAAUUGGUGGGGCCGGAGGGGGCUGAGGCGAUUGUGUCGGGGGUGACUGGUAUCUUGAGGGGGUUGGGUUGAUGAGUGGUGUAUGAG